AUGGAGACACAUGGGCUUGGCUAUGAAGAGAUCAGUGAACCUUACUACUUUGAAACAGAUCACGUAGCUUUGAAGGAGAACCAGGACUAUCGUAACCUGCUUCACACUAUAGCAGUUCUAGAGGCACAGAGGCAGCAGGCGGCUGAAGAUAUUGAACUCCUUUAUAAAGCACAAGAUGAAGCUUUAGCAGAUCCCUUGAAGUUUGUGGGAAAACUCCAACAAGGCACAGAUUUCUGUUUUCCCAAAGCUCAGAAACUGGCAUCUCUGCCUGAUGUACAAUGGGAUAAAUACACCAGUGGUGCACUGUUCUCUUCGUUUGUGACUUCUCGGCAUAUGACCAGGAACAAGAGAAGCACAACUGGUGCUGAAGGUUGUGAUCCUCUAACAUGUGCAAGUACAGCGGAUUCUGCUGUGAGCUCAGAUUUAGAUGUCUUGGUUGUAAGAGGAAGGGCAAGAGAUAACUCCAAACCAUCCACCUUCAAUCAGCUGUGGACAGAUGAAGAGCAACAAAGACUGGAGAGUCUGCUGAUUCAAUUCCCUCCUGAGGAGGUGGAGUCUAAGAGGUGGGCUAAAAUUGCAGCUGCUCUUGGGAAUAGAACACCAGUACAGGUUGCCAGUCGAGUACAGAAAUAUUUUCUGAAAUUAGCCAGAGAAGGGUUGCCUGUCCCGGGGAGGACACCAAACCUGGCUGCAUAUGUUCGCAAGGGCUCUCACAGACAUCAUCGCUACAACAGACUCUAUUACCCACACUCCACGUUCUUGCAGUCCCACACCCCUCCAGUGUGGAUGAAAGAUGAUGUUGAUGAGUGCGAACUACAGCAGGGACCAGAUAGUUGUGCUGGAGAUAUCCUAGCUAUGUCAGACACGGCCAGCCUCCAGGAGGGUUCAUCCGAAGACGAACAGUACCCAGAGGAAAUACGCAGCUGUCCAGAAUACAAGGAAUUACAACAACUGCUGAAGAUCAAAAGAGAUAAACAACCACAAGAACACCCAAGUCUUGUACAACACAUUGGUUAUAAGUGUGAUAAUUGUUGCUGUGAACCUAUCAUAGGCACCAGGUGGCACUGCAUUGAUUGUCCAGCGGAGAUGUCAUUAGAUUUCUGUGGUGACUGCUGUCAUAUGUCAUGUCAAGGAGACCGGCACGACCCCAGUCAUCGCUUACAUCCGUUCAGGCAUGCUGGCCUUGACUCCGAUUAUAUGGGAUACUUCAAAGCUAAUUAUAAUUACUUGGACCCCAAUUACCUGCCUGCUAGCUAG